CAACAAAAACAGUAGCAACAAAAACAGCAGCAGCAAAAACAACAAUAGCAAAAAUAGUAGCAACAAAAAUAGCAGCAACAAAAACAGUAGCAACAAAAACAGUAGCAACAAAAACAGUAGAAGCAACAACAGUAGCAACAAAAACAGAAACAGCAAAAAUAGCAACAGCAAAAACAGCAACAGCAAAAACA